GCUAAGGAUGGGGGGGCUGUGUCAUGAUGCUGCAGCACAAUAGCAUCAUUGACCUUCUGGACGCUCAGGGAGUCAAUAGCACCGAGUCUCUGGAACCCAACCCGGGGUCCUUCACGUGGGACACCAUGCCGGCGCCGUGGGGUCUGUGCUCGUCUCUCUGCUUUCUGCUUCUUCUGGCUCUGGAGGUGAACACCGUGCGCUCCGCUCCCGACUUGUCUUUGUAUCUCCACACCAUCCUGAAGAACCACACGGCUCACGCGUGUGAAGGAGACGCGCUCGCCAUCGAAUGCCCCUCCAGGACGUCCGUGAGCGUCCUGUCGGCGUUCUACGGGCGACGCGUCCCCAGUCAACACCUGUGUCCGCCCGCGAACCCGAACGCGACAGCGGAGGAGGACACAGACUGUGCUUCUCCCGUCGCGACCCAGAAAACCCUGUCAGAGUGUCAGGACCGGCGCUCCUGCCGCAUCCCGGUCCUCAGCUCGGUGUUCGGACAGGACCCGUGUCCCCUCACAAGCAAAUACCUGCUGGUCUCCUACAAGUGCCGGCCAGAGCACCACCGCACGAGGCUGGUGUGCGAGAACGAGCGUCUGAGGCUGGCGUGUAAAAACGACACUGUCCUCGCAGUCUACUCGGCCACGUUCGGACACCUGCUGCACGGCAGCCCUUACUGCCCCCAGGAGCCCGCACCGCAAGCGGACAUGGAGUGCUUGUCACCUUCAGCUCUGAGGAAGGUGUCCCGCAGAUGUCACGGCAGAGCCAACUGUUCACUGCUUGCCGACACUCAGACCUUCGGGGACCCCUGCUUCCCCGGCACCAGGAAACACCUGCGGGUGUCCUUCACUUGCGUACCUCGGUAUCUUCUGGAGGACGUGGCUCGGGGGGCGACAGAUCCAUUCCUGAUUUCGGACUACACACACGGUGGAUGGUACACUGGCCCCACCUACAGGCCUCAAAACGUGUUCUUAACCAACUCUCUGGAGAUCAUUGAAAAAAUACUGGGUCUACCAGAGAAAGUGGCUCUGUACUUUGUCUCUGGCAUCUGUGCAGGUCUGGUUUUUCUACUCUGCGUUUUCGGUAUUCGCUCCACGCUGGUGAAGGACGUUAAGGAUCUGGUUGCUGACCUUAAUGAGGAGCUGAAGGCCUCUCGCAGGCGGCGCAAGGAGCUCAUGGAGGACCUCUUUGAUGAUGAGAUCUCAGACACGUCAUCCUUCCGUCGCCUCACGCAGUCCUAUCGCACGACGGACGUCUUGAGUCCUUCCACUUUGGCAGUGGAAAUGGUGGAUCGAGAGGUGGGACAGCUGAGGGACCUGCCCAAUGGAGACAUGUGGCCACAUCGAGACUCUAGCCCUUAUGCCAUCCACAAGAUUAGCACCUACAACAAUUAAGAGACGUCACCUGUGUUAGUGGAAGCACUUCUAAAGAACACAAUGACGUUCAUGUUUUUUCUUCCAUGUGCUUCAUUGCCAUUGGACUUAUUAAGAGUUUAAACCUUAACUAGACUGAAUAUAUUGUUGUUACGUAAACAACAGACUCAAAAUGAAUCCAGAAUGUUUGGUAAAAACACAAAGACUAGUUUACUAUAUCACAUUAAAAAACAACUGAUCCUUCUCAUUUAUAAUGUGGAAUUUUGUUUCCACAUGUGUUAAAGUAUUAAAUAAACAGGCUUUGGUUUAUUCUCCUCAUGCAGCGAAAGAAGAAAUUGAAAACUGAAUGUUAAAAACUAAACUCUGCAGUAAGGUAAUCUGCUUCAUAUUUCAUAUUUAUGCUCUGCACCUUUACACAUUUAACUCUUUUCUAUUGUACAAUAUUGUAUAUGUAAAUAUUAUAUGUACUGUAAUUGCAAAAGGUGUUUAACGGAAAAGCUUAAAUGUAACCUAGUUGAUAACUUGAUAAUAAUGCAGUCAAUAAUUUAUAUUAAUAUAUUAAUAAAUAUUAAUGCAACUCACAGAA